AUGGAUUCACUCUUGACACUCGCCAGCCGCCAGGAACAACCCAGUGAACCAGCUCCUGCCUGCGAUACUGGCAAUGAAUUCGAUGGCCAUCUGGGCCUGCGCGUCUCUGCUGUAUUUGUGAUCUUGGCGGGCUCCCUAUUAGGGGCUCUCCUCCCCGUCCUUGUUCGACAGGAUCCACACUCGCGUCACAACAGCAGAAAACCUCGUGUGCCGUCCUGGGUGUUCUUUAUCGCAAAGUUCUUUGGUUCUGGUGUCAUCGUGGCCACAUCGUUUAUUCACUUACUGGCUCCUGCCCAUGAGGCCCUUAGCAACCCAUGUCUUACCGGCCCGAUCACGGAAUAUCCGUGGGUUGAAGGGAUCAUGUUGAUAACCGUCAUACUCCUGUUCUUCCUCGAGCUCAUGGUCAUCCGGUACGCACAUUUCGGCCAUGGCCAUCAUGACGAGUCUCCAGGAGGUCGUCAGACCGAGGCUGGCGUAGUUUCCCGGGCCGAAAAGAACCCCAGGGCUCACCGCCCAGGACCAGAUCACCUAGAUCACUCGAACGACCACCCCUCCGACGCUGGCUCCGACCCCUUCGAUGGCGCCCACACGGCUCUAUUCGAGGACUACAGUGCUCAACUCACAUCAGUCUUCAUCCUCGAGUUCGGCAUCAUCUUCCACUCCAUUUUCAUCGGCCUCACUCUCGCCGUCGCCGGUGAAGAAUUCAAAACUCUCUACGUGGUCCUCCUCUUCCACCAAACUUUCGAAGGCCUCGGUCUUGGGUCCAGGCUCGCAACCAUUCCAUGGCCCCACUCGAAACGAUUCACUCCAUAUCUUCUCGCGCUCGCAUUUGGCCUGUCUACUCCAAUCGCUAUCGCCAUCGGACUAGGCGUGCGCAACAGCUACCCACCGGAAGGCCGUACCACAUUGAUCGUCAACGGCGUUUUCGAUUCCAUCUCUGCGGGUAUCCUGGUUUACACCUCGCUGGUGGAAUUAAUGGCGCAUGAAUUCAUGUUCAGCACUUCGAUGCGGCGAGCGCCGAUCCGCACUGUCCUCGCCGCCUUCGGACUGUUGUGUCUAGGUGCGGCGUUGAUGGCUUUGUUGGGAAAAUGGGCGUGAAAAGAAAAAGUUCCUCGGCGUUAUUAUGGUUUUCUUAUAUGAUUUACUUGGGGUUCAUGAGUGGCCAAAAUGAAUAUAUAAUACGGAGUAUAUACCCUUGCAUUAUCAGGUGUAUGGCAUUAUUGGUGGGAUUUAAAUUGUCCCUUUUUGGCAAACCUGAAUUGGCUUUUUUUUUCUUUUUUUCUUUUUCUUUUUUUAAUUCCUGUUUCUAAAUUUGCCUUGCUAUUUUGAUUUCAAAAGUGUGGGGGAAUUUCGAAGUGUCAGAACUAUAUAAAUCUAAUAGUCCAAGUAUGUAUGCCAGCUACAUAAAAUGAAA